AGCUGAAAGAGAAGAGUUGGGAGAGCCCGGCUUCAACUGAACACGACUCCUGUGGGCUGAAUGCGCCCAACCUAACAGGACGGAACAGCCAGAAAACAGCGCGUUAUACACACGCACUCGACCCAGAAACAGCUGAUAGAGAGAAAAUGUGAAGAUCUGUAGUUGUCACAGUGCUGGAGUAGUCAACAGUAACCGGGAAAGAUGGCGAGGACACAGACUCGCAUGUUCCUCGCCUUGGCGUUGCUGGGAAUUUUCUUCCUCGAUGUCUCGGUGAAAGGGGAGCUGCAGGGAGAGCAACAGGAGGAGGAGGAGGAGAGGUCCUGUCAGGGAGCCUUCGACCUCUAUUUUGUCCUGGACAAAUCUGGAAGUGUGAAGAAUCACUGGAUAGAGAUUUACUCCUUUGUGGAGCAGCUGGCAGAGAAGUUUAUCAGCCCCAUGCUGCGAAUGUCCUUCAUUGUCUUCUCCACACGAGGAAACAUCAUCCUGAAAUUGACGGAGAACAGGGAAGCCAUCACUGGAGGCUUAACAGCUCUGAGAAGAGUUAUCCCGGGAGGAGACACAUUUAUGAACUUAGGCCUGGAGAUGGCUAAUGCACAGAUAUACCAAGAGAAGCACGGGACAGCCAGCGUUAUCAUCGCUCUGACGGACGGAGAGCUGAAUGAGUGGCAGUUUGACACAGCUCAGCGAGAGGCUCAGAGAGCAAGGUCCAUGGGAGCCAUUGUUUACUGCGUAGGGGUCAAAGAGUUCAAUCAGACGCAGCUUGCAACUAUUGCAGACACCGUGGAGCAUGUGUUUCCUGUGUGGGGAGGCUUCCAAGCCCUGAGAGGAAUCAUUGACUCAAUCAUCAAGAGGUCCUGCAUUGAGAUUCUAGCAGCAGAGCCAUCCAGUGUGUGUGCAGGAGAGAGUUUCCAGGUGGUGGUGAGAGGCAAUGGGUUUCUUCAUGCCAGAAAUAUUGACCAGGUCCUCUGCAGCUUUAAACUGAAUGAUACACUCACUGUGGAUGAGAGACCAGCUGGAAUAGAGGAUACCUUCCUGCUCUGUCCUGCUCCUGUUGUAGAGGAGGUUGGGAGGGUGAUCUACCUGCAGGUGAGCAUGAAUGAGGGCCUCUCCUACAUCACCAGCUCCGUUCACAUCACUACUACUGAAUGUUUCGACGGCACCAUCGUGCUAAUAUCGUUGCUGGUGGUGUUCCUGCUGUUGGCUCUGCUGCUGAUGUGGUGGUUCUGGCCUCUCUGCUGCACUUUGGUGAUCAAGGAACCUCCACCACCUCCUCCUCCAGAGCCAGAAUCAGAUGAUGAGGAUGGGAUGCCAAAGAAGAGGUGGCCCACAGUGGAUGCAUCCUACUACGGAGGAAGAGGAGUGGGUGGCAUUAAACGCAUGGAGGUGCGAUGGGGGGAGAAGGGGUCCACUGAGGAAGGUGCGAAGCUGGACAAACCUAAAAAUGCAGUUGUAAAGAUGCCAGAACAGGAAUUUGAACCAUAUGAGCCCAAGCCUCGAAAACCACCACGCCGCCCCCCACAGCAGAGGAGGUGGUACACACCCAUUAAGGGGAAGCUAGAUGCUCUGUGGGCUCUGUUCAGGAGAGGCUACGACCAGGUAUCACUGAUGAGACCACAGCCUGGAGAGGAGGGUCGCUGUAUCAAUUUCCAGCGGGUCAAAGAUGGGGAAUCCACCCCUAACAACCGGGCUCCUCCUCGCACACAUCACUCUCCCAUGCCGCCUCCUCCUGCUAGUCCCCCGCCCGCCGAACAGCAACCUCUGGUCUCCAACUCUGUCCCCCGUACGAAGCCUCCGUCGAGAGGGCCCCGCACCACGCCGCCCUCCCGCUCACCCCCUCCCAUGGCCCAACCCCCUCCAGGUCCACCCCCAUCUCGUGCACCCCCGGGGCCCCCAGGACCCCCGCCGUCUCGACCCCCACCCAGGCUCUGAUCACGAAGAGAGGGCCUCCAAUAAACAACUGAUACAUCCACUCGUUCCAUAAAACACCCCCAGUCUUUCAAUCUUACAAGCCAGGAGCUCUGAUUUAAAGCUCUGUGCUUUGUUGCUGGACAGCAAGAAAAUAUUUAUCUGAUGUCGAAAUCAGCUAGAGUUUCAUCAAAGUUAACAUUUUUAUAGAAAAGAGAAACUAUAGAAACAGCAAGCAUGUAGUUACUUGAUUAAGCCUGUAUGUACAGUAGUAGAUGUCAUGUUGAUUUAAGUGGUAAGAGGAAGUGCAAUUCUUUCUGGAAAUGAGACAUAAAUGAUUAAUGUGCUGUUGAACGUUAGAUUGUGACUGUUUGUGUAUGAGUGACGAUGGUGAAUAGUUUGGGUUGGUAGAGUAUAAUAAUGGCAAGUGAGGAUGUAGCGAAAGAGGAUAUCAAUGUCGGUUAUGUUGGCUUUUAAAUGUACAAUAUUUUAGGUUCCUAUAAAUCAGACUGAUUCAUCAUUUUACCUUUUCAACCACAGAAACUUUUUCUACAUCGUAGCUAAAUUUAGUGCAAAAGUUAAGUGAUCUUAUUGUAACUGCAGGGCAGUUUCUCCAUAUUUUAUUUAUUAUAACACCAGCCCUGUCUGCAUCUGUUUUCUACUUAGCACCAGGUGGGUUUUUUAAGUCUUUGAGGGAGGGAUAUCAAGGUGGAUGUAAAGAAGCAUUCUGGCAUGCGUUUGUGGUUUCAUUAGCAUCAAAUGAAAGAUUGUGUUACAAAGUUGUAUCGUCAGGGUUCUCCUGUAUACUGCAUUUACUGACUGAAAUGAUCAUCUGCAUUAUUUCUUUAUUAACAACCUUUUGUGUCAAUAAACAAAAUGUUUUUUUUAUGUGCUGUCUGGCAGUUAUUUCUUUUAUAGUUAUUAAAAGUGUUAAACUAUAUUUCAAGAGGACGUUUUUUGCAGUCAUAUUGUGAAUCAGCUUACAAACACAUUGGGGUGAGUGCAACAGACACCUUAGGACAUAUUUAUUAGGUGAUGUGUUUCUCUUUAAGCAACGUUAUUUAAUUAAACUAAUUACACUCAGGGAACUAAUAAUCUAUCCGUGACAUUUAUGUAGGUAGGCUGCAAAAUUAAUACCAAAUUCUAAGAGUUUUUAAUUGCUUUUGAGUCUAUUCAAAGUCAUAUUUCUGCAACAAGAUAUAAAUCUUUGUGGCACCUUUUUGUACAGUAGUCCUGCAGCGUACUUUAGAAAAACAAUUUCUAAAAACACAUUUUCACCUUGUCAUUAUGGGUUAUUGUGCACCGUAAACCAAAAAAUAAUUAACUCUAUACGUGUCCAAAGAGUGAUGACUGAAUACUGUCUGAAUCCACUUUAUAUACGUUUAACCGCAGCGCUGAUGAUGUCUGGUCUGAGAAUGUCCUGAAUCAUCUGCUCCCUUCCUCAAAAACGCUGACUGACACUGAGCUCAGACACAAGAGGAGUGCGAUUAGGAGGUCAGUCUGCCGCUACAUGACUCACUUUGCUGCGAUCCAUCUGGGGAAAUGAAUCACACGAGGGUAAUGGUAUGUUAACUCAUCCUGCAGAACAACCUACAGCUCCUCUGUCAAUGUCUUCGAGAAGCUGCAUUUACUGUCUCAUGACAAACUAACCGCAGGCUGGAGGUAACAGGGUUUCUGAUAAGGAAAAUUAUUACAGAAGAAGAAUAUAUUGAAGAAAAUAUUGUUUUGUUGUACUUUACAGUACAC